AUGUCUUUCUUUCAACCUUCAUCUUUUAAAAGCCUCAUCUUUAUAUCUUUUUCUUUCUUUCUUUCUUUCUUUCUUUCUUUCUUUCUUCAUCUGUCUUCCUUUCUUUCUUUCUUUCUUUCUUUCUUACUUCAUCUUUAUCCUCAUCUUUAUAUCUUUUUUCUUUUCUUUCUUUCAACCUUCAUCUUUCUUUCUUUAUCUUUUCUUUCUUUUUCUUUCUUUCUUUCUUUCUUUUCUUUCUUUCUUUUUCUUUCUUUCUUCUUUUUAUUUCUUUCUUUCAACCAUCAUCUUUUAAAAACCUCAUAUUUAUAUCUUUUUCUUUCUUUUUCUUUCUUUCUUUCUUUCUUUCUUUCAUUUGUCUUUCUUUCUUUCUUUCUUUCUUUCUUUCUUUCUUUCUUUCUUUCUUUCUUUCUUUCAACCAUCAUCUUUUUAAAACCUCAUCUUUAUAUCUUUUCUUUCUUUCUUUCUUUCUUUCUUUCUUUUUUUCUUUUUUUCUUUCUUUCUUUUCUUUAUUUCUUUUCUUUUCAAACUUCAUCUUUAAAAGCUUUCAUCUUUUUCUUUCUUUCUUUUUCUUUCUUUCUUUUUCUUUCUUUCUUUCUUUCUUUUUCUUUCUUUUCUUUCUUUCUUCAUCUUUAUCUUUUUCUUUUUUCUUUCUUUUUUCUUUUUUCUUUCUUUUCUUUUUUCUUUCUUUUUCUUUCUUUCUUUUUUUUUCUUUCUUUCUUUCUUUCUUCAUCUGUCUUCCUUUCUUUCUUUUUUCUUUCUUUCUUUCUUUCUAGCUUCAUCUUUAUGUCUUUCUUUCAACCAUCAUCUUUUAAAAACCUCAUAUUUAUAUCUCUUUCUUUCUUUCUUUCUUUCUUUCUUUCUUUCUUUCUUUUUCUUUCUUUUAAAACCUUCAUCUUUAAAGCCUUUUCUUUAUUUUUUUUUCUUUCUUUUUUCUUUCUUUCUUUCUUUCUUUCUUUCUUCAUUUGUUUUUCUUCUUUCUUUCUUUCUUUCUUUCUUUCUUUCUUUCUUCAUCUUUUAAAAACCUCAUCUUUAUAUCUUUUUCUUUCUUUCUUUCUUUCUUUCUUCUUUCUUUCUUUCUUUCUUUCUUUCUUUCUUUAUCUUUCUUUCUUUCUUUCUUCAUCUUUAUGUCUUUCUUUCAACCUUCAUCUUUUAAAAGCCUCAUCUUUAUAUCUUUUUCUUUCUUUCUUUCUUUCUUUCUUUCUUUCUUUCUUUCUUUCUUUCUUUCUUUUCUUUUCUUUCUUCAUCUUUCUUCUUUUCUUUCUUUCUUUUCUUUCUUUCUUUUCUUUCUUUCUUUCUUUCUUUCUAGCUUCAUCUUUAUCCUCAUCUUUAUAUCUUUUUCUUUCUUUCUUUCUUUCUUUCUUUCUUUCUUUCUUUAUCUUUCUUUCUUUCUUUCUUUCUUCAUCUGUCUUCUUUUCUUUCUUUCUUUCUUUCUUUCUUUCUUUCUUUCUAGCUUCAUCUUUAUGUCUUUCUUUCAACCAUCAUCUUUUAAAAACCUCAUAUUUAUAUCUCUUUCUUUCUUUCUUUCUUUCUUUCUUUCUUUCUUUCUUUCUUUCAGAUUUCAUUUUUCUUUCUCUUUUAAGCCAAACCUCAUCUUUAUAUCUUUUUCUUUCUUUCUUUUUUCUUUCUUUCUUUCUUUCUUUCUUUCUUUCUUUCUUUCUUUCUUUCUUUCUUUCUUUCGUAAUCCGUAAGCCUUUUACUGACUUCUACAAUCCAUAUAUUUCUGUUUUUCUUUCUUUCUUUCUUUCUUUCUUUCUUUCUUUCUUUCUUUCUUUCUUUCUUUCUUUUCUUUCUUUUCUAUUCUUUCUUUCUUUCUUUCUUUCUUUCUUUCUUUCUUUCUUUCUUUCUUUCUUUCUUUCUUUCUUUCUUUCUUUCUUUCUUUCUUUCUUUCUUUCUUUCUUACUUCAUCUUUAUGUCUUUCUCCUUUUACUGACUUCUACAAUCCAUAUAUUUCUGUUUUUCUUUCUUUCUUUCUUUCUUUUUCUUUCUUUCUUUCUUUCUUUCUUUCUUUCUUUCUUUCUUUCUUUCUCUUUGCCUUUCUUUCUUUCUUUCUUUCUUUCUUUCUUUCUUUCUUUCUUUCUUUCUUUCUUUCUAGCUUCAUCUUUAUGUCUUUCUUUCCACCUUUAUCUUUUUAAGGCCUCAUCUUUAUAUCUUUUUCUUUCUUUCUUUUUUCUUUCUUUCUCUCUCUCUCUCUCUCUUUCUUUCUUUCUUUCUUUCUUUCUUUUAAGUCUCAUCUUUCUUUCGUUUUCUGAUUUAUAUUUCUUUCACGUCAAUAUUCACCCUUUCUUUCUUUCUCCAACUAUCUUUCUAUAUUCUUUCUUUUUUUUAACCCUCAUCUUUCUUUUUCGGUUUCGCAUUUCUUUCAACGGAAAUCAUUGUUUAUUUGUUUUUUCUUUCUUUCUUUCUGGCCUCAUCAUUCUUUUUAGAACCCUUUCAUUUAUUCUUUCUUUCUUUUACCUCUUUUUUCUUACAAGCCUCAUCUUUCUUUUUCAAACCCCUUUCUUUCUUUCUUUCUUUCUUUCUUUUAGUCGUCAUUUUUUCAAAUCUCGUUCAUUUUCCUUUCUUUCUUUCUUUCUUUCUUUCUUUCUUUCUUUCUUUCUUCCAAGCCAUAUCUUUCUUUUUCGAACACCCUUCAUCCUCUUUUCUUACCCGUUACUUUCUUCCUUUUUUUGUAACGCAUAUUUUUUUUAA